GGCCGAGUGUGUCUUCCGGGGGGGGCCGGUGUGGGUGUGACACCGCUGCAAUGGCCGCUCUCCUCCGGCGCCUGGGCCUUGCCCGACUGGGAAUUAAUAAUAACUCUGGCUGCAAAGGCCUAUAUCAGAUUGAUGCCAAGGUUCUUCCUGCUGGACUAAAGACGUAUGAGAUUCCUCCGCGUUAUGAUGAUGUGAUCAUUCCGGAGAAGCCGAAGCUAAAAUUCCUCAAUAAAGUCCCUAACUACAAGAAGUCUAGGCGUUGGAUGAAAAGACUGGGAGAUAUUCGUGGACCAGCAACUAGGGCUAAUACACUCACACGAGGAGAGUAUGGCAUUGUAGCUCUCGGAGGUGGUUAUCUUCACUGGGGUCACUUUGAAAUGAUGCGCCUCACCAUUAACCGACAAAUGGAUCCCAAAACCAUGUUUGCUCGCUGGCGUGUGAAUGCUCCAUAUAAACCCAUCACACGCAAAGGGUUAGGUCAGAGAAUGGGCGGCGGGAAAGGAGCCAUUGACCACUAUGUCACUCCAGUUAAGUAUGGCCGGAUUAUUGUAGAGUUUGGAGGUCGGUGUGCCUUUGAGGAAGUGGAACCAUUUUUAUUGGAAGUUGCAAAGAAAUUGCCUUUUCCUGCCAAGGUAGUCAGCAAGAAAACCUUGGAGGAAAUGCUGAAGGAAGAUGAGCAAAAGGCCAGAAACAACCAGAAUCCCUGGACAUUUGAAAGAAUUGCAACAAUGAACAUGAUGGGGAUCCGCAAAGUGCUCAGCCCAUUUGAUUUAAAAUAUCAUGGUAAAUUCUUUGGGAAAUCACGUGUCCCUAAUCGUGUGUGAAGAUUAAAAAAUGUGACAGGAUGUUCUCUGUUUUAGUCUAUUUAUUUUGGUUCAAUAUGGGAUUUUGUAUGAGUAUGUUUUAAACAACAUUUUCCAAUCGGCAAGUGGACUGCAUCCUCUGAUUGGAAGGAUCAUGCCGGUGAGUCAGAGUUUUAGAUUCAGGUUUACCAAUGGAAUGCUGGAGGUGUUGUCUUUGGAUGAUCACCUGAGAUUCAGUCAGUUGCACAUCUGUAAUCUAAGAAAAACAAGAGCACUUCCUGUCCUGUGACCACUCACCUCCCUCAACACAAUUAAAAAAAACACAAUUGAAUUUUCAUAUUUUAUAUAUAAAAUGAGUAAAUACAGCCAAAUGUUCUUUGCUGACUUUGACUUCUGAGAAGUUUUUGAUUACAUGAUCGUAGUAGCCAUCUUUAUUGGGCUGUUCCAUGUGUUUUAAACCAGUCACUAAUUAUAUCAAAAUGUAUAUUAAAAUUGGAUUUUUAAUUCAGUCAUGACAAUAAAAAUACUGAGUUUGUUAACUA